AUGAAUUCAGUCGAGAAACAACUUGUGAACGGCAUUGUACGCAAGCGUGAGACGACUGAGUGGAGUGAUGCAAUUAACAAAGUCAACAAAAGUGCUAUGUCUGAGGAAGAGCGUAAGUUAUAUGACCAAGGGAACAUAUUAUACAAAGAACAACCCGUCGAACAAAUAGACCCAAAUGAAGGAAAAACGUUGGAAGAAGUCGACGAGUUACUCGAAGAUGAUGACAGUGACGAAGAACUUCAGAAAAUCAAAGAACGACGAAUCGCACAGUUAAAAGCACAAGCAGAGAAAAACAAAUAUAAAGAAGUCACUGAACUGACUGCUGGGGAGUAUAAGACGGAGGUCACAGAAGCUUCAAAACAAUGUUUUGUUGUUGUCUUAUUAUACAAAAAUGGGAUUGAGCCUUGCAGAAUAUUAGAAACAAGACUCGCAGAGUUGGCAGUCAAAAAGAGAGCAACCAAAUUCGUGAAGAUUCUUAGUCACCUUGCUAUUCCUAACUACCCAGACAAACUCCUCCCUACUCUUAUCGUCUACAGAAACACUAACCAUGUCAAACAAUUCAUCGGCUUGGCAGAGUUCGGUGGAAAUUUCAUGACUUGCGACGAUUUGGAGUGGGCUCUCUCCAGAGUUGGAGCUGUUGAAACAACAUUGAAGGCCGACCCAAGAGAAAAGAAACACACUAAAUUCAGCGGAGGAAUUUUCUCGAAGGAGCGUAACUCGUCGGAUGAUGACUUGAGCGACGAUUAA